UUGACAUCUUCAUUUACCGUCGGCCGAGUUCGAGCUCCGAGUAGGAGGCUACUCACCUUCAACCCACACAAUGGCGUCGACACGAUCAUUGUUGAGGCCCUACAGCGGCCUCGCGAGGCUUGGCGCGCACAUUGUGCAAGCGCCCGCUAUCUGCUCAUCCCGUAGACAGCUUUCCACUGCCCCCAACUCGCAGGCUGAUGCGACAGGCGCAGCAGCGCCUCUUCGUCUCAAACCUUUGACGCUGGAGCAGCGGGAUUUCCUUUCCUCUGCGUUGCGUGUCAACCAAGCCGGGGAAUUGGCUGCAACCCGGAUUUAUACUGCCCAGGCCCCUCCGAUCGUCAACCGACACCCGCACCUGCGACCGCUGAUGGCACAUAUGUACGAACAAGAGGAGGGCCACCUCAAGACGUUCAAUUCGCUCAUUCACAAGCACCGAGUGCGCCCGACUGCGCUUUACCCCCUGUGGCAGCUCAUGUCGACCGGUUUGGGUUGGAGCACGGCAGUGAUGGGCCGGGAGGCGGCAAUGGCGUGCACAGAAGCCGUCGAGACGGAGAUUGGUGACCACUACAACAGCCAAAUCCGGACCUUGCUUGAGAUGGUCAGCGAGUGGGAAGCCGAGGGCUACGACGUCGGACCCGAAUUCACCGAACUCAUCAAGACGCUGCGGCGCAUUCGCGACGAAGAGCUGGAACACCUCGACCACGCCGUCGAGCAUGACGCCAAAAAGGCAGAGCCUCACUGGUUGCUGACCGGUGUCAUCCGGGCAGGCUGCAAAGGUGCCAUUUGGGUGAGCGAAAAGAUAUAAUGAAGGCUGUAAAGUAAGACUGUGUACAGUACAUGUAAAAAAACACAAGGGCCGAGGCCACACGAAUAGAAUAAUGCAAUGGUGACCCCCCCCCUCCGACGAUGAGAUGUCGCUUCCCGACUCCGUCCGUU